AUGGUGCACUCAGAAGAUGAGUAUCAAGACAUAGACAUUCAGGUCGUUCGUCUAGUCGGCAACAACAGCAGGACAGUCCACAUCACAACACACCAGGACCCGUCUUCUGGAAAACAUAUAAUCCUCUGGGGUGAUAUCCUUCAAGUCUUUCGUGGUGCUCUCUAUCUCCAACACGGAAAGAGGGUUCUUCCGUUCAUGAAAGACAGCGACUUCAGGGACCUGGAUCCUCCUCGGAUUGCCGCCAUCCCUGGCGAGAUUCUAGACAUUGUUAUUGAAGACUCUUCGCUGGUCGACGGCGGUACAGAGAGUCCACGGUUCUCGACGACUCAGGAACCGUGUCACCCGGAGGUAGCCCGUUUGUACGAGAAGGGUGUCAAACGUCAUAUCGACGUCAUAAAGUCCUUUGAACGGUACCUCAAGGCAGCCGAAGCAGGAGAUGCACCAGCGCAGACGAUUCUUGGAGAGAUGUACAUGGACGGCGCGUGGGGCGUGCCAGAGAAGGAUAUGUCAAAGUCGUUCGAAUGGUAUCUCAAGGCCGCCGAGAGCGGAGACCCGUUAGCCCAAAGACAAGUGGGUGUCUUUUACAGCUUUGGGUUGGGUGGAGUUCCGGAGGAUGCCUCGAAAGCGUUCGAAUGGUACAUGAAGGCUGCAGUGCAAGGAAACUCGACUGCGCAGUUUCUCGUUGCAGAGAUGUAUAGUGUUGGCUACAAGGGAGUUCCACCGGAUGAUCAGAAAGCCGAAGAGUGGAGUAGGAGGGCGGAGAAGAAAGAGCUCGAAGUACUUCAUAAGAUUCAUCAGCAACUACCGCCAGAACAACAAUAG